GGGCAUUUUGUGACUUUCAAGGCCGAAUGGUAGAUGUAAAUGAACCCUCUGGAGGUGUAGGUGACCUCGUUGGAUGCUCUCGUUCAACCCGUCAGCUCAGAUUUCAUCAGAGUUAAGACUUCCAGGUCACUUAAGAUGUGGUUAAAGAUAGCAGCUCGGGGAAAAUAACACGAGCCGAGUGUCGACCAAGCGCCAAGACGGUUUUUUAAAAAAAAUCAUUUUGCACGACAGCAUUUAAGUCUAAUCGUGAUGAUUUAUACAGACCUGCAGAUUUCAAGCCUUUCAACUCCAGACCAGCUUCAACGUGUCAUCCCUGAUACGAGCAUGUGGGGCACCGCUGCUGUAUAUUUUAAAACACAGCUGCUGCAGCCUGUAUUUACUCACCUGUCCAUCUUUCACACCUGGGCCAAGCCAUCCAGGCGUGAUUCGAGCCUGAAGCAUCUGUGAGAAGGACGUCCAGAAUCAGCAAGUAUGGAGACUCUGAAUUUAUCCCACGCCACCAACACCAGCAGCGUGGAGGACGCCAGCCUCUUCUCCGUGACUCCGUACACGACCGUGGAGAUCGUGCUCAUCGUCCUGGUGGCCGGGUCCCUGAGUCUGAUCACUGUCAUCGGAAACAUCCUGGUCAUGCUCUCCAUUAAGGUAAACAGGAACCUGCAGACCGUCAACAACUACUUCCUGUUCAGCCUGGCCUGUGCAGACCUCAUUAUUGGCGUCUGCUCCAUGAACCUCUACACUGUCUAUAUUGUGAUUGGCUACUGGCCCCUGGGAGCCGUGGUGUGUGACCUGUGGUUGGCUGUCGAUUAUGUUGUCAGCAACGCCUCGGUCAUGAACCUCCUCAUCAUCAGCUUCGACCGUUACUUCUGCGUCACCAAACCGCUCAGCUACCCAGCGCGCCGCAGCACCAAGAUGGCGGGUCUGAUGAUCGCCGCGGCCUGGGUCUUGUCCUUCAUCCUGUGGGCUCCAGCCAUUUUGUUCUGGCAGUUCAUCGUCGGCGGCAGAACCGUCCCGCCAGACGAGUGCUACAUCCAGUUCUUCUCAAACCCAGCGGUGACAUUCGGGACAGCCAUCGCAGCUUUUUACCUACCCGUCGCCAUCAUGAUCCACCUCUACUGGCGCAUCUCCAAGGCCAGCCGCAGCCGAGUGAGGAGGGAAAGCAGGAAGACGUCCGGCACCAGUCUGGGAGAUGGCCCCUAUCCCAGCCAGGAGGACGGAGGUGAGAGCCAGAACACCUGCAUCACAGCAAAAGAAGCUCAGGAGGAGGCCGGACACGAGAAGGAGACGGAGCAGCAGCAGAACGGAAGCGGGCCCUGCAAAGACGAACGAACUGUCCAGGUGGAUGCCGGCGCAGACCGCGUCCACGCUUCGACGUCUAAGGACACUGCGGUCCCUCCGUCGUCACAGAAAGGCUCAGAGGGUGAGAAGACAAAUCAAACACAGCCACCUUCUCCAGGGAACUCAGCCGCUGACAGACAGAGUUUGGUCACAAGGAACCUGUUCAAGGUAACAAAGCAGACUGCUGUGGCGAAGUGGAAGAGGAAGGGCAUCUCCUCCAGGGAGAAGAAGGUGACGCGCACCAUCAUGGCCAUCCUGGUUGCUUUUGUGGUGACGUGGACGCCGUACAACGUGAUGGUGCUGAUCAACACCUUCUGCUCCAUCUGCAUCCCAAACGCCCUGUGGACCAUCGGCUACUGGCUCUGCUACAUCAACAGCACCAUCAACCCGGCCUGCUACGCCCUCUGCAACGCCACCUUCAAAAACACCUUCAAGCACCUGCUUCUGUGCCAGUACAAGAACAUACGAACGGCGCGAUGAGGGUCAAUACACCAACUUGUGUAUAAGUUAUGAUCUUGUAAACUGCAGUUACACAAAUAUUGGAAUGAACAUGUUAAAAUAUAGACUAGAUGUUUUAUUAUUGUACACGUUCUCCAUUUCUUUUUUUCAGUUUCCCACAUCGAGAAUGAAUCUUAACUGUAAUGACGUGAAAAAUACAUGGCUUAGCGUUAUAAUUCUCUAGACAGUUCGUUCUGGUGGAGAUGCAGUUUAUUGUGAAAAGUUAGCUUUGACUGGAUGUCAGUAGGGGUUUUACUUUGACGGGAUGUUUCCCCUCUUUGCUCCUCCUAAGAACUUGUGCAGCAUUUUCUUUGAGAUGCUUUUUUUUUUUUUUUUUUAUCCCCAACAGUAUAAUUGUGGACAGUGAACAGUGAUUUUUUUUUUUAACUCUAGAAUAAAAGUAUAACUCCAGUGUAAAAAGAAGAUAACAUACAGGUGAUAUAAAGAUGGUGUAUUAUUGACACAAGCUGUGACAGAAGAGAAAUCAGCCAAACUAGAGAGAGACUAAGAGAGUAUUAACAGCUAUAAACUGAUGUUUGAGUGUGUGUGUGUGUGUGUGUGUGUGUGUGUGUGUGUGUGUGUGUGUGUGUGUGUGUGUGUGUGUGUGUGUGUGUGGUUAGAGUUACUCAUAUUAAGCGGACGACCUCUGUAAUCCAUGUUGUUGUAAAAUGAGCCCAGGUGUAACAUUUGUCCACAUCUUCACCUUCUUCUUUCUUCAUGUAUGACAAUGUUUUCUGUAAAUAAACGCAGUAA